UGGGAACUGUAAAGCAAGUACCUACCCGAGUACCUAUCUACCCCUCCAAAAAAGUGACGGAGAGCGCCCCUCCAUCUCUUGACUCACAUCCGUCUGCAAAAGGGGACAACAUCAUCUUCCUUGCCUCCCUCUCUUGCCCUUCCCGAGACCACACACGAUAGCCAGCUCCGAAGGGGCCAAUCCAGGCACGCCUAUACCGUCGCCAAGAACCGGAAUCCGCAACACAGCUUCAGAUAUGGCCUCACACCCCGAGGUCCCAGCCCAGGAGGUUCCACCAGCUGCGGACUCUGGCGCUCCAGCUCACGCGACGAAGCAGACUGUCGACCCCUGGAAUGUGUCUGGUGAGGUUGGUGAAGAUGGAAAGGUCAAGGCGAUCGACUACAAGAAGCUGGUAGAGGAGUUUGGAACGAAAUUGAUCGACAAUGAGAUGCUCGAAAGAUUUGAGCGUGUCACUGGCUACAAACCACACAGAUUCCUUCGGCGCCAGAUUGUCUUCAGCGAAAGAGAUCUUGGUUUUAUACUAGAUCGGUAUGAAAAGGGGGAGCCCUUCUUCUUAUACACUGGUCGUGGACCUAGCAGCGACAGCAUGCAUAUCGGCCAUACCCAGAUCUUUGACUUUUGCAAAUGGCUGCAAGAUGUCUUCGACGUGCCUCUGGUUAUCAUGCUCACGGAUGACGAGAAGUUCCUCUUCUCUGAAAAGAGAACAGUUGAAGAGGUUAUUGGCUAUGCGCGAACCAAUUGCCAAGACAUCAUUGCCAUAGGAUUCGACCCUGAGAAGACCUUCAUCUUCUCUGACUAUGAGUUCAUGGGCGGCGCAUUCUACAGAAAUGUCACACGAUUCGCAAAGCUUGUCACUUAUAAUACAGCUAAGGCUACCUUUGGCUUCGACGAGAGCUCCAAUAUCGGAAAGAUCCAUUUUACCAGCAUUCAAGGCGCUACCGCAUUUGCGACGACAUUCCCCCAUAUCUUUGGUGAGGAUGAGAAGCAGACGGCGACUAUCCCGUGCCUAAUACCCUGCGCCAUCGACCAAGAUCCCUACUUUCGUUUAACUAGAGACUGUGCUACUAGGCUGAAGUAUGCCAAGCCCUCCUUAAUUCACUCCCGCUUCCUCGAUGCUCUACAAGGUCCCGGGUCGAAGAUGUCCGCCAGCAUCGACUCCUCUGCCAUCUUCAUGAAAGAUACACCUAAACAGAUCAAGGAUAAGGUCAACAAAUACGCCUUUUCCGGUGGUCAACCGAGCGCGGAGGAGCAAAGGAAGAAGGGCGGGAAUCCGGACGUAGAUGUGUCGUAUCAGUAUUUGCAAUUCUUCAUGGAAGACGACGAGGAAUUGCUCAAGAUUGGACAGGACUACAGAGAAGGCAAGCUGUUGACUGGAGAACUGAAAGCAAUAUGCAUCAAGCAUCUCCAGGACUAUGUCGCCGCAUUCCAGGAGCGGAGAGCGAAGGCAACCGAGGAAACGGUCAAGCUAUUCAUGACGCCACGGCCGUUGAAGUGGGGGGGAAACCCCAAGGUGCAGAGAACUGUUCCUAUUUUCGAGGGGGCACCGGCCAAGACCGAGGGGGAAGGCGGGGAGGCGAAGCUGACGAAGAACCAACUAAAGAAGAUAGAAAAGGAGAAGCAGAUAGCGGCUAAGAAGGCUGCGAAGGCUGCGAAGGCUGCGGAGAAGGACGCGGCCAAGGCUACGGAGUGACUAUCCUUGCAGGGGAUUUAGACGCGCGGAUUACGCAGGAUUCUGCUCAUCGCUUCUACCAUGAGUAAGAAGGCGGCUACGGCGUAAAAUAACGAACAGGUUGCACCAAGAUGUUUGGCGGUUCUACUGACCUGAAUCCGUGAACCACCCGAAAUAACUGGGACUCUAAUGGCAUGGGAGUCGGGGAGAAUAU